CGUCAUCAGUGCCUUUCCCCUUCCUUGUUUGCUGAAGUCCCUGGUGUGGACCGUGGAGUCUCAGGGAGAAGCGCAUGCGCACGCCAAUCGGCAAUCCACCAAAGAUUCCGUUCUCCCAGUCGCCUCUCCCAGUCCCAGAUCUCGUUCACUCGCACUCGCGCAACCCCGCGGCCCCGCGCCUAAUGGCAUCCUGUGGCGCCGGCGACGCCGCGUCAGCGCAGCCGAGGGCCAGUAUCUCGCACGUCAUCUUCGAUAUGGACGGCCUUCUCCUCGACACGGAGGGCUUCUACACGGAGGUGCAGGAGAAGAUCCUAGCGAGGUACGACAAGGUGUUCGACUGGUCGCUCAAGGCCAAGAUGAUGGGCAAGAAGGCGGCCGAGUCUGCCCGCAUCUUCGUCGACGAGUGCGGCCUCAACGGCCUCCUCACCCCCGAGCAGUUCCUCGAGGAGCGCGAGAGCAUGCUCCAAGCGCUCUUCCCAUCCUGUACCAAGCUGCCAGGAGUACUACGUUUGGUGCAUCAUCUUCAUGCCAACGGAGUACCAAUGGCUGUUGCGACAGGAUCCCAUAAACGCCAUUUUGCACUGAAGACCCAGAAUCACCAGGAAAUGUUUUCCCUGAUGCAUCACGUUGUCAUGGGUGAUGAUCCAGAGGUGAAGGCUGGCAAACCAUCCCCUGAUAUUUUUCUUGCUGCUAUGAGGAGGUUUGAGGGCGGCGUAGAACCUAGCAAGUGCUUGGUUUUUGAAGACGCUCCUUCGGGUGUAGCUGCAGCGAAAAAUGCCGGAAUGUAAGGGUCUGUAGUGAUGGUCCCGGAUCCAAGGCUGGAUGUUUCGUAUCACAAAGGAGCUGACCAAGUUCUCAGUUCAUUGCUGGACUUCAAACCUGCCGAAUGGGGCUUGCCGGCAUUUAAAGAGUAGACAUUCCAUACAAGAUAACAAGAUUAUAAGAGUCUAGUGAAGAAGAAUGUGAGAUACUCCCUAAGAUGCAAAUUAAAGAGUACAAUUCUUUAAGAUGCUGCUCAAGGAAAAUUCCAUAAAAUGUUGGUCAAACAUACAAUUGAACAUUCUUGUCGCCUCCUAACUAUGUGUCACCAAAUUACUCUGAAUAAGUUCGUUCCGAUUCCGAUAUAAUAAUAUCCCUGUCUUUGUUUUCA